GCCCAGAUUGUUUGGGAAAUGAGCCGCUGAGGACAAGCUCGUCUUGGAAGUGCCAUAACAUCAGUACAACUCUGCUUGUGGGUUGUAAUAUACAGACAGGCCCAGAGACUGACUCUUCUUUCAUUUGCACCCCUGUCACUUCAGCCGGGGUUCUCCCAGUUUGCCCCUAAGUGAGAGGAGAAGCAGGAUUUACAGCCAGCUGACAUAAGAAAGGCCAGACUGGGUCAGACUAAUGGUCCACGUAGCCCAGUGUCCUGUCCUCUGACAGUGACCAACGCCAAGUGCUUAAGAGGGAAUGAACAGAACAGGGAAUCAUCCAGAUGUCACACGGAUGGUACCUGAAAAAUGCCUAGGGCGAGAUCUUCUGAUCGGUCCAAGUGUUCUGCAAUCCUCAACCCUAAUGGCUGCUCCCUCUUCCUCCCAUGUGAGCUUGGAAUGGAUUAAUCCCAUUUUGCGGGUAUUCAGCACCCCCCCACAUCAGGUAUUUUACAAAGACGAGCAACGUUAGCCUUGUUUGUACAGAGGGGAAAUGGAGUCACAGACAGGUCAACACCAAGUCAGUACCAGAGCUGGGCGUAGGACUCAGGGCUUCUCUCCUAGCCACAGCUGUCCUAACUCUACUGGGGUUAACACAUUAGCCCCUUCAGGCAAGGGCAGGACUUCGGGGGUGUUGUUAGUGCAGGGAAGAUUCAAUUGCCCUUACAGUGCCUGUGAGCAAACACUCCUUGAUGCUGUCCCGCUGCUGGCCGCUUUCCUUGGGAAGUGGGCUGCGGUGGGACCCCCACGGCCCGCCAGUCAGCUGCUCUGCUGUGCCAUUACCAGGGCCAAGAGGGAACUGCAGCAUUAACAGCAGAGCUGGGCGGAGCACCGAGGUGAUUUACAAUCACUCGCCCCGCCCAUUAUGCAAAUCACAGUCCCCUGGUUGGGGGGUCCGCUUGCCGGGGGCGGGGCCAUUCGCUGCAGACGGGAUAUAAGGCGGUGGGGGAACAAUGCACCCGAGUCUCGGCUCGGUCGCUCUGAUCGCGGGACCUGGCCCCGGGGGUGUAGGCUGUAGCCAGAGCGAGCCUCCCGCUUGGAGCAAGAACAGGACGCGGGGGAAAGGUGACUCCAAGGGGCGACCCCCUCCAGAGAUGGAGUUCGACUCUUACCAGCAUUACUUCUAUGACCAUGACUCCGAGGAGGAUUUCUACCGAUCCACCGCCCCCAGCGAAGACAUCUGGAAGAAAUUCGAGCUGGUGCCCACUCCCCCCAUGUCGCCCCUGUGCAGCGCGGGGGGCAAAGCCUGUUGCCCCGGGGCAGGGGAGAGGUCCGACUGGCUCUCCCACUGCUGCCUGGCCGGGGAGGAGCCGGAGUAUCUGAUCGACACCGGGGAGAUCUUUGGGAACCUGAGCGCCUUCGUUCUCCAGGACUGCAUGUGGAGCGGCUUCUCCGCCCGGGAGCGGCUGGAGAAAGUUAUGACCGAGAAACUCUCCACGGGCACGCAAAGGGUUAAUCCGCACAAGCCCUCCUUUGCCCAGGACUUCGGGUUCAACAACUCGGUGAGCGAGUGCGUGGAUCCCGCUGCCGUCUUCCCCUGCCCCUUGGCUGAGAACAAACAUCCCCCUGCCUCCUCCGGGCCCGAGCGGCAAUGCGAUUCUGAGGGUGAAGAGAUUGAUGUGGUGACAGUGGAGAAGAGACAAUCGCUCAGCAUGAGGAAGCCGGUCACCAUCACCGUGCGAGCAGAUCCCCUGGACCCCUGCAUGAAACACUUCCACAUCUCCAUCCAUCAGCAACAGCACAACUACGCUGCCCGCUCUCCACCGGACCCCUGCUCCCAGGAGGAGGCCUCAGAGAAGGAGAUUAAGGAGGAGCCCCUGAGCAGCCCAGAGCAAGCCGCAGAGAGCUCAUCGCCUGAGCCUUGCCUGCUGAAACCUGAGAGCGCCCCGAGCUCAGAUAGUGAGGACAUGGCCAAGAGGAAAAACCACAACUACUUAGAACGCAAGCGGCGAAACGAUCUCCGCUCACGCUUCCUGGCACUGAGGGAUCAGGUCCCCGGUCUGGCUAACUGUCCCAAAACCCCCAAAGUGGUGAUCCUGAGCAAAGCUUCGGAAUACCUGCAGUCGCUAGUCAGUGCAGAGAGGAGGAUGGCUACAGAGAAAAGGCAGCUGAAGUUGAGACAGCAUCAGCUGCUGAAACGAAUCGCCCAUCUCAAGGGACGUUAGCUACCAAAAACUUGACCCCUUUCCUAUAUUGAUUUGCACAUUUUUGGUUAUUGUGAACCCUCCAAACUACAGAUCCCAGAAUGCACUGCAGCCAGCGCACACAAAUAUGGCUUGCAUUCUAGGAAAUUUAAACUGUGUGCAGGGGGUGGGUUCUUUGUUUCCCUUAUUCACGUCUGGUCUCGGGUUCCUCCUUUAACAGCAGGGAGUUGCCAACUGUGGUCUGAGUUAACUCUUAUCCUUUGGGGACGCUGGUAGGUUGGUACUGGAGUAAUUUUUGACACUGGAUUUUGCAAGACACUUGGGCUGAAAUUGUUAAAAGUGACCAUUGAGUUCUGGGUGUCUCAUUUUGAGGGUCUCCAACUUGAAGCACCUGCGUCCUGACUGUCAGAGAUGCUGAGCAUCUGAACAGAGAUGUGGAACAACCCUGGCUGAGGCCCCCAGGAGCUGCCUUAGUGCCUCUGAACUUCAGUCCUCAGGUGCCUGAAAUUGGGCACUCAAAAAUUGAGGCCCUUUUCCAAAAUAGGGUCCUGAGUGGAUAACCCCAACCUAGAGAUGGCAGGAUCCUCAUUCAGACAGAUAGGACCUGUCACUGGAUCCAGCUAUUCUGUGAAUUUACUUUCAUGCACACACAAUUUUGGGUGGAGCGUUAACAUGGCCGUUGCUGCCCUGGACCUAUUAAGUUUGACCCAACUUCUGUCGUUCAACCCAACCCCAGCACUGGUUCCCGUGGUGCGGUUCUCGUCCACCGUCCCUUCCCUGACCCAUCCUUUGUACUGGCCCACCUCCCCAAUCAUGACCCUUCACGACAUCCCACAUCCUAUUCUGCAGUGGUGGGGGGGCUGAGACCUCUCCAGAAGAAGUUAAUUAAAUUCCUAAGCAGCUCCUGCUCCACUGCAACUGAAUAGAGAGAAUCUAGCCCAGGGCGUUCAGAUCCAGGAAAACAAGGGGGUUGUAAUCCAGUGGUUCAGUUUGGGUCCAUCUCUCUAGAAACAGUGACAGCUGGGGAAUGCCUGGAGAUGAGUUGGGAAAGCUUUGCUCUAGGGGCUGGGUCUGCUGUUAAAGAUCCUUUUUCUCCCAGGGGUGGGAUGAUGCUUGGAUUAAACUCCUAUCAGUGGAGAAGAACCGAGACUAGCUUGACAUGGACUAUACCUCACUUUCUUACCACUUUACACAGUAGCUUGUCUUGAGGUUUGUGUUCUAGAAACUGCUGCUGUAACUGCCUGAGUCUUAUACUGGAGGACCCUUUUUUUAAUACUGUAUUUUUGUACAACUUUUUUGAAGAGUAUUGUUAAAGAUUUGUCUUUUUUGUAAACCUUUUUCGGGGGAGUGUGUGCAUUGUCCCUGCUGCAGCGUGGAGAGGAUGUGUUUUUGGGGGCGGGGUUCCUGAUGCCUUUCUAGGAAUAGUCCAAGAAGGGUCCUAUGUUCUGAUUUACUGUUUGGAAUUAAGUGAGAGAUUCCUCGGGGGAGGGGGAAUGGAUGUUAUCUGGGGCCCAGCUCCUCAAAUAGUACAAUGGGCUAUUGGAUGGGGUUUUCCUCUCUCAGAAGAUGAGGGUGAAAAUUACCCUGUGUGGCUGACUUUCACGGAUUCCCCAAGCGCAGACUCUUAAGAGCGAUGCUGCUUAAGAUCCCAGGUGUAGCCCAGGACAGACAACAAGGGCUGAUCUAAUUGUUGCCUGGAGCCUACUUUGUCUUUACGAGGUGGGUAGAAGCCACCUCUUAGAAGGGAUCUGAUCAGGACUUUUAGCCUCUGUUUGCUGACCUGCAGCUACACUCCCUGAAGUUGCAUUUGUUCAGCUGGCCAAGGGUCUUCUCUCACCCCCCCCCCCCCCCCCCCCACAAAUCUCCCUCUUCUGUGAAUACUACCCAGUUGAUUCAAGGGAUGUGGGGAGGGGAGUAGGACCAGCGGCCUUCGUCUCCCUUGGCACUGAUGGGGCUGACUCUCUACUUUGCAGCAGAGACGCACGGAGCAGCCGGUGAGCUGUCUGGCUCCUAACUGACCUACUGAGAAACUUUAGAGUUAACACUGUGGUCGGAUUUAGCACUUUCUUCAUUACCUCACACUUCAUAAAUAAAUAAGUUACAAAGACA